AUGAAGGCGAUCACACUGCUCAGCUUGGCAUCUCUGCCAUCCACUCUGGCCUUGAACAUCCCAGCCCAGCAGAUCCUCGAGACCCACAAUGCAGCUAACCCCUCUACCCGAGAGACCUGUCCCCAGGCGGAGAAGGUUGCAAGCCCAAAUGACGGCCUGCACUCUGCAAUGAUCUUCCUCGAAGAUGAUGCUUUCCGUGCCCGUCAGGCGAUUAGGCUCUCGCGGGCCGUGCAGGUCCCCACAACGGUCGGAGACUAUGACACAGACCCGUACAGCGAGGCUUUUGAGCCGGUAGUGGAGUUUCAGAAGUUGUUACAGGAGAUGUUUCCCCUAGUCCACGCCCAUGCCGAGGUCGACCACAUCAACCGCCUCGGGUUAGUCUUCACCUUCCAAGGCAAAGAUACAACCCGCAAACCAAUCCUCUUCAUGGCCCACCAAGAUGUAGUCCCAAUCGACGACCCAUCCGACUGGACCCACCCACCCUUCUCAGGCUACUUCGACGGCGAAUGGAUCUGGGGCCGCGGCUCAAGCGACUGCAAGAACGUCCUUAUCGGACUUAUGUCCACACUAGAAGACCUGCUCGCACAGGACUGGCGUCCAACCCGCACAAUCCUCUUCGCGUUCGGGUACGACGAAGAGUCCCACGGCUGGCUAGGCGCGGGCUCAAUCGCGCCAGUCCUAGAAGAGAAAUACGGCAAAGACAGCUUCGAGUUCAUCCUCGAUGAAGGUGGUAUGGGACUCCAAAGUCUCGGUUCCACCGCCGAUGACGGCGAAGUCCUCUACGCUCUACCCGGCGUCGGCGAAAAGGGUAGCCUAGACUUGGUAAUGGAACUCGCCGUUCCAGGCGGGCACAGCUCCGUUCCACCCGCACAUACUGGUAUCGGUAUCAUGGCCGAGAUUAUUUACGAGUUCGAGCGUCAGGAUCUGUUCACAGCUUGGCUGGACGAGUCCCACCCCUCAUUCGGAAUGCUAGCUUGUCAAGCCCGUUACUCACCUUCGCACGUCGAGUCUUGGCUUUCGACUAAACUGGCCGCAGGCGACGCCGCCGCUCUAGCCGAAUCUGUCGCACAGUCCCGUGGCCCUGCAGUCCGCUAUACGCUCCAGACAUCUCAGGCAGCCGAUCUCAUUCACGGCGGCGUGAAGACUAACGCUCUACCAGAGAAGAUCUCGGCCGUAGUCAACUACCGUGUCGCACUACACCAAACUCCCGAUCUGGUCCUCGAGCGCGCCGUCCGCCUUAUUACUCCCAUCGCGGCCAAGCACAAUGUCUCGCUGACAAUCGAUUUCCCCAACGCUGAGAUUGCCACCAUGCCCGAUGUCGUCGCUGGAGACCGUACCCUCUCCCUCUCGCCUCUGAGUGACCCUCUAGUGCCUGCGCCGAUCUCGCCUACUGACCCCCUAACCUCGAAGACUUGGGCGCGCUUCUCAGGCGUGGCACGCAGCGUUUUCGAGUCGCACCCGAAUCCUUUGCUCAAGUCUGAGGAGGCAUCUAACCCGACUGUUGUUGUUUCGGGCGAUAUCAUGACUGGAAAUACUGAUACUCGGUUCUAUUGGGAUCUAUCGGAGAAUAUCUAUCGUUGGAGUCCGUCGCGGGCUGGUGGAUCGGCUAACAUCCAUACUGUUGAUGAGCGCAUGCAUUUGGAUGCGCAUUUGGAGGGUAUUAUGCUUUACUAUGAUCUGAUUCGCUCCUUCGAUGGAUGGGAUCAAAAUUCGGAGUAA